CCAGCCUGGUUGUGUUUCAUAAUCGUUGUGCCAAAACACACAAAACAUGCUUUUCCGAUAACUUUACGCCGCUUCAUCAAUUUUACGCCGCUUGAGCAUGGUUAUAUUAUGAGUAAAUACAUAUAUCUUGAUGUUGAAAUCAAACUUGCCAAGAAGCCGAACCAGCUAUCCGCGCUCUACUUGAAAUCGAGUAUAGACCAUUCGCUGACGAAAAUAUUUGGUGAAAUUGGCGGUCAAACGGAGGUGGACCUUUUGAAGUUCGACGAACAGCGACAGCGCAUUAUCCUUCGUGUUCCAAAAGAGUUUUACGUGAAGCUACGGGCUGCUGUAACCCUGAUCGGAGAGUAUCAAGGAGUGCCCUGCCAUUUUCAGGUGCACAAGGUAUCGCCGGUUCUUCUUACGCUGGUGGAAACUCAUUUGGAUUUCCCAAGGACGGCCGUCGUGUGA